UCGUUCCCCCUGCACCACGUCGCCGCCGCCGCCAAAGACGCCACGCGCACCCCUAAACCCACUCUUGCUCGCAGCAUAAAGGCAGCCUGGCAGAGUGGAGAGUCUCCGACGUCACUAGGAAAGCUCCAGCCUGUCGAUCACGACUCGCAGUCUCAACCACCAACACCAACACCGUCCGCCAUCCGCCAUGGCCGGCAGCCAGCGCUAUCUCCGCUACAUUGUCUUCGCCGUCAUCUCCCUGUUCCUUCUCUACUUCAUCGGCUCCUCAUCGUCCGUGCCUGCCACAAGCUGGCCCGCCUACCAGGAUGCAAAAACCCCAGCCACACCGCCCCAGGGCAAUGCCGCCGUGGUAGACGACGACGAAUCCCCUCGCACUCCCGCCCCCAGCACCGGCGCCCACACCAACCCCGGCACUUCGCUCAAUGACAAGACGCUUCCCCCCGCCACCAUUGCCGGUGACCGCAUGAACGCAACCUUUGUCACCCUCGCCCGCAACCAGGACGUCUGGGAGAUUGCAAAGUCGAUCCGCCACGUCGAGGACCGCUUCAACCGCAAGUUCAACUACGACUGGGUCUUCCUCAACGAUGACGACUUCAGCGACGAGUUCAAGAAGGUGACGACGGCCCUCGUCUCCGGCAAGACAAAGUACGGCAAGAUCCCCACGGAGCACUGGUCCUUCCCUGAGUGGAUUGACCAGGACAAGGCCGCAAAGGUCCGCCAGGAGAUGAAGGAGAAGAAGAUCAUCUACGGAGACUCGAUCAGCUACAGACACAUGUGCCGCUACGAGUCCGGCUUCUUCUUCCGCCACCCAUUGAUGCUCGACUACGAAUGGUACUGGCGCGUCGAGCCCAGCAUCGAGCUGUACUGCGACAUCAACUACGACACCUUCAAGUACAUGGCUGAGCACAAGAAGAAGUACAGCUUCACCCUCAGUCUGUACGAGUACGUCGAGACCAUCCCCACGCUCUGGGAUGCCACCAAGAACUUCACAAAGCACUUCCCCCAGCACAUCAGCAAGGACAACUCUAUGAAGUUUCUCAGUGACGACGGUGGCGAGACCUACAACCACUGCCAUUUCUGGUCCAACUUCGAGAUUGGCAACCUUAACUGGCUUCGGUCUGACGCAUACAUUGACUUCUUCACCUCUCUCGACCAUGCUGGUGGUUUCUUCUACGAGCGCUGGGGUGAUGCACCUGUUCACUCCAUCGCCGCCGGUCUGCUCCUGCAAAAGGAUGAGCUCCACUUCUUCAACGAUAUUGCUUACUACCACGUUCCCUUUACGCACUGCCCCACGGGCGAGAAAUACCGCCUUGACCACAAGUGCUCAUGCAACCCCAAGGACAACUUUGACUGGAAGGGUUACAGCUGUACUUCUCGCUUCUAUGAGUUGAAUGGCCUGGAGAAGCCAGCAGGGUACGAAAAAGAGCAGGACUAGAUGCUCAAUUUCACUUUUUGUUUUCAAUUCCAGUGCCAAUCGCCGUCGGCUUUGUUUUUCUCUGCUUCUAGCGGACCCGACGUCUGACGUAGUCCAAAGUGCACCGCUCUCCUCAUCAGACAAAAGACGACUUGCAGUGAAGAUUGUCUUGUUUGUGCUCGCCAUCAUCACUCUAGGGAUUUGCAUGGUCAGAAGACGUCGCACUGGAACAUCACAGUCGCCGCAAAAUUCGUUAGCCAAGUGGCCUUUAUAGGGAAAUCGGAGGGGGUCAGAAAAAAAUUACUCUAAAUGGCGUAAAUGUUGGCUUGGCGUUGAAAUCCAUGCUUUGGUCAUUUACCUCUGGCUUUGGCUGGUUGGCUGUCUGAGACGGGUCAUGUCGUGGCUGUUAUUCAUUUACCUGUAGUGCUAUAUCUUAUUGUAAACAUUAGAUUUACUGCUUAGACUAAUGAUGAUGAUGCGUCUGAUAUGUG